UGUCAUGCUACAAGCGAUCAGUUUGUACCUGGUCAACCUUAGUGGCGCCCUUCACGACCAACGUGACACAGAGAGGAUUGAAGUUUGGUGGAGAGAAAUGCAAAAGGUUCCCACACAUCCGUUCCCUUGAGACCAUAUCGGCCUCCCCGAUGUUUUACUAGUUUCGCCUCCUGCGCGUCAUGACUUUACAACCCAGCCUUGCACAGACAUCUACCAGUAUUUCUUUCUGCCUCUCCGAGGACAGGCUCUUCAUGCGAAACCAUCCUCGCGAGAAUGGCCGUUGGACCCGUCUCUCUCUAUCGACGGACUUUGGCCGAACGCCAACAUUUAUAUGAUGCUGCCAUCGCUACAGGCCAAUAUACCCCUUUUCUUUAUCCGUGGGAUACUCUGCCAGCAUUAUAUCUAUUCCUUGCAAUAAUCAUAUGCCCCCGGCUUCCCCCCAAAUGGUCUGUGGCUGUGCGAUACAUGUCGUUUCUAGUUGUGACAUUCCAUUUUGCAUAUAUCAUUUCCCACCGACGCACGCUUGGGUUCGCUGGUGGGUAUAUCAUGGGUAUCGCCAGCGCAUGGGGUGUUGUCAUGGCGGGGACACUACUUGUGUUGAAUGACCCAGGGAAGGAUUUCACAAGACUCGAAACCAGACCUGCUACAGGAACAGACCAUAGAAGUCAAGCAGAACACAGCGCCGUCCAGAACACCUCCUCUUUCACAGGCGAGUUCCACAACAUUGAUCUCAGGAGGAGGAAGGUUCCGGGAGUAUACUCGUCUACGGACAUACAGCAGCCGUCUCUGCCAGAUGUCGAUAAACCUGCGACGAGGCCCUAUCGGUUGGUCUGGCAAGGUUUCCCUCGCCAUCCAGAAUGGUCACACGUCCUCGACUGGGCUGUAGACUUGAUUACGAACUUCCGAGGGGUCAACUGGAACCAUCGAAUCCCGACAGCAGGAGAAAUUGACGCACCGUUGCCUCCUCAGCCAACAGACGGGGACUCAAUAGCCAAAGACGGGGGCAGAGCAACUGCGGUGCCCUGGCGGACACUGAGGUCGUUCCAGCGGCGGACUAUACAAGACUUUGUCUUCCUUUACCUGUUCAUUGACUGUUUGAAAGCGAUAAUGAUGACGGACCCGUACUUCCUUGGUCUCGAGCCUUUGGAUUCUCCCGCCCCAUGGCAGUGGCUGGCUCUGUUGAACAGCCAUAUCCCCAUGGCGACACGUUGUAUUCGGCUUUUGGUGUCCAUGACGGCGGUUAUUACAGCCCUGACUUUUGUUUACAGCCUGAGCCCUCUGUUCUUUGGGGUUGUUCUACCAGCUCUCUUCGACGUCUCGAGAAUAACCAAGGCGCCGCUUCUGGAGCCAUGGAUGUAUCCACCACAAUGGCAUCCACUUACGAGGUCAGUGCUGAAUUCUAGCCUGGCAGGGUUCUGGGGCAAGUUCUGGCAUCAAAUGUUUCGCUUUGGCAUAUCAGAACCCUCAAGAGUUUUGAUCCAACGGCACAGGUUGGAUCAACGGGGGACUCCUGCUCGGUUCAUACAACUUCUGGUUGGGUUUGCCGUGUCUGGCCUGAUUCAUGCGACUGGAAGUUACACUGCGUUCUCAAUCAAGCCAUCCCGUCCGUUGACAGGGCCUCUGACGUUCUUUUUGACACAAGCGUUGGGUGUUUUGCUACAAUCCUCAGUCGUUACUAUGCUGCACAGGCAUGUCCCGGCCAUCAAAUCAUUUCCAAGGGUCUUUGGACAGAUAGCAAAUCUUGUGUUUGCCUUGUUCUACCUCUAUCUCACAGGCCCGCUUUUGGCUGACGACUUCGCCCGGUGUGGGAUCUGGCUCUUUGAGCCUGUCCCUAUCAGCCUGUUCCGCGGACUCGGUUUCGGGCCAGGUGGGAAGGAUGAAGGGUGGUGGGUGUGGUAUCAGGAGGGCGCCCAGUGGAUAGGGUGGUGGAAGGGCGACCGCUGGUGGAAGCGAGGAUUUGCGAUAUAUUAGACUUUGAGAACUUGUGAGAUAGGUUUGAGGGUCCUCGGUGAUCUCGAGUCUGCUAGUAGUCAGUAACGAAGUACAUUGUAAGAAAAGGCCGGCUAAGUGUAAAGUGUCAAAAAUAAGAGUAACAAUGGAGGUACUGUGUUA